AGCACGAAUGGUCCCAGAAAGAGCAACACAACACAAUCAAUAACCAUGAGGAUCUCAUCAAAACAAGUGUUGGUGUUUAUUGUUCCUCUAAUACUGGCUUGGUUGUGUUUGUAUUACUUCAAUUACAACACCACCAAAAAAAAUACAAACCUAUUUAGUGCCGUCCAACUCAAACCAGGAUUCGAUUAUUUUUUGUUGGCCUUACAAUGGCCAAACACUUUCUGCAAAACUCAGCCAAUGGGAAAACCCCCUUGCAAUCCAAACCCUCCAACCCAGCAAGAUUUCACCAUUCAUGGACUCUGGCCUCAGUUCAAUUCUGGGAAAGCUCCUGCAAAUUGUCGACCCGCGCCGGAUAUGACUCCUGACGAUCUUCGUAAGUUCGAGCAAGAUCUGCUUGCCUACUGGCCAGAUUUACAUGAUGCAAACGAUUUUGACAAAAGCAUGAGAUUCUGGCAAUACGAGUGGAACAAGCAUGGAACCUGUUCUUCAAACAAGUUCUCAACACAACAGUAUCUCAAAAUAACUAUUGAUCUCGCGAAAAACUAUGCUCAACCCAUCCUGUCCAAAAUGAGAGCAGCAGGUAUCAAUCCAGAUGCAGCUACUCCACACGAUGAAACAAACAUACAGAACGCUGUUAAGGAUGCCACAGGUCAAAGUCUUCUUCAAGAGAUUCGUCUGUGUGUCGAAGACGAUGGAGUUACACUCUUUGAUUGCAACACUGCUUCUUUAUUUGCUGAUGAUCUUUAACCUUCACGACGUCGUUUUCUCAUCAUACACUUUCCAUCACACAUCGCGGAGGACGUUGCAAGGCUCCUUUUUGUUAGCAAGGUCAUAUGGACAGUUGCAUCGAACUUAACCCCCUGUCUCUUUACUUAGUGUCUGAUUCCUCAAAUAAAAUAUAUUCUUCUAGUCUUGUUUAUAGGACAAGGAGAAAAAAACUUAAUUUUGAUUCUAUUUAUAAGAGUAUUUUACUAUUUUUUUUAU